AUGGACUCUUAGAAUUAACUUGAUUUGAAAAUUCUUGCAGCUUUCUGUUUCAAUACACUCAUUGCAAAACUUGAUAAGAAAGAAUUACCCAACUAUCCUGAUGGAUUGGAGGAUCCUAAAUAUCCAAUUUUUGUGACUUGGACUAAAGGACCUGAAUCAGAUCUUAGAGGUUGUAUUGGAACAUUCUAAGGCUAAAGACUUAGUAAAAUUCUUGGAUAGUACUCACUUAUAUCAGCAUUAUAAGACGAUAGAUUUGAUCCAAUAUCAAAGGCAGAGGUGCCAGAGCUUCAAGUUGGAGUCAGUUUACUAGUGAAUUUCACUAGUAUUUAGGAUCCUUUGGCAUGGGAAGUUGGAAAGCACGGUAUAGAGAUUAGCUUUGAAAAAAAUGGUAGACCCUAUAACGGAACUUUUCUGCCAGAAGUGGCACCUGAACAAGGUUGGGAUCAGAGAGAAACUUUGGAAUAUCUUGUGAGAAAAGCUGGGUAUAGUAAAGGGUUUGAGUCAGUAAGAGAUUCCAUGAGAGCCAAAACCUAUGAGUCAUUGAAGGUCAAGAUGAGCUUUGAUGAAUAUGUUAAGUUCAAAGGAUUGUGA